ACUUUGUACAUCAACUAAUAUUUUUAUUAACAAGUUUUAUUAUGACUUUAAAAAUGAAUUCUUUAUUAAUUUCUAUAGUAGUUUUAACAAUUUUUGUCCUGAUAAUCCCAGCUAUAGGAUCUGUUUAUGAUUCUGAUAAAACGGCGUAUUCGACUUUCGUAAAUGAUAAAAUACAAUAUACAGAUUUAAAAAUUUUUAAAGAAAAAUACAAUGAAGAAAUUCUCCAAUUCUGCAAAAAAAAUAAUAUAAAGGACACUAAUGAAGAGGACAUUAUGUCGGCUAGUCUAUUAUAUUUCAAGGAGAGUUUUGAAGAAUACAUUAUGUAUGUCACGGAUUUAUUUAAAACAUCAGAAAAAUAUAUUCAUUAUUUAUUGUUAUUAAAGGAUGAUACUAAGGAUAAUGAAUUCAAAAACAAUUUAGAACUAUUUAAAAAUAAACUUCAAAAUGAAUAUACAUUUUUUUUUGAAAAUUUAACUUUUUUUUCUCUACCUAAGGAUAUCGAAGAAGAAUAUUUUUCAAGGAAAUUUCGAUGGUUUUAUUGGAUAGCCCAGGCUAGUGUUGAUAAUCUAAAUCAAACUGUACAACAAUUUAUCGAAAAAGCUGAAAAUACAGAUACGUUGGUAAUAAUUGAGCAUAAUCAAACUGAACAACAAUUUAUCAAAAAAGCUGAAAAUACAGUACCAGAAAAAGAAUAUGAACAGUUUGUACGUUAUUAUAUUGAAGAGUUAAAAGCAUUUGAUUCAACUUUGUUUCCUGAUGAAGAAAUUGAAAAAGACCGUAUUGGAACUACUGAAAGAAGAAUCGCUGUUAAUAGAUUUAUUACAAGUAAAACCCGUUUUUUUGAAAACAAAUGGAGAUUUGUUAAUGAACAGUCUCAUAUUCUGAAAGUUCGCUACUUAAUCCAUGAUAAAAUUCAAAGCAAAGAAAUGAAUCCUGAUGAGGUAGUGUUCAUUUCGGAUGAUGGAGAUGAACAUACUAUAAUUUCGGUGUUUCUAAUGUAUUUCAAAGAAAAUGAGAUCACAGAUGAAAAUAAUAAGAAAUUAUUUUAUAAAGGGAUGUUAAGGACUAUGUUGAGCAUCUACAACGCGUACAUAGGUAAAUUACUAAUUAACAAUUAUUAUUAAAUAAUAUUUAAGAGUGCGCAAUAGUAAAAAAUAUAUGCAAAAAAAAAUCCUCAACAACUAACCAUGGUCCAUGGGCUAGUGAGUAGUCUUAUUGUAAAAACACCUAGGUAUUAACAAAAUUUCAAUUAUUAGAGAAUAAGACAUCUAAUCAUUAGAUGUACUAAAUGUCAUUAAAUUCACAUCAUUUCAAAGAUAAAUUUAAUUGGUUUUUGGUACUUUUCAGUUAUCUCGACUACAGGCCGAUACCGUGACUACCACUGGUCUAACUGCCGUUAGGUUAGGUUUUUAUUAUAUUUAAUAAUUAUUACCAACCGCUGAAUCACUGUUAGAAAAAUGAUGGGUAUCGUUUUUUAACCAUGUGACCCCGAAUUAACCCGUGUCUGUAACUUAAUUAUUGAGGGAUAUUUUAAUUUUGAAUGUCCGCGUGAGCACAGCAAGCAAGUGGCAACGCUGGUCCAUAAUAAUUCUCACUUUCUCAGACAGU